GCUGCCUCUGAGAGGAGGACUGAUGUGGGUUUGUUAUUGCUGGGCUAAGGAGGCACUUUGGAUGGUCAUGGGGCUGCGUUCAGUCCUUUUAUUCUGUGUGAUUGUCGCAGGAGUGCCUAGGAGAUCUCAGGAGAAUUUAGGCCCGGAAGCUGCCUGUAUGACUGAGUGUGCUGAACACAGUGGGCUGAAUUUCCCCAAAGGAUCCAGAUAUAGCUAUAGGUAUUCAACAGCCACCAAUACGUUCCUGCAGGGAAGCAUCUACAAAAGGAGUGGUAUGUCUCUGGAGAGCACAGUGAUCAUUGAAGCCCUAGGAAAGUGCCAGAUGGUCUUAAAAUUGCAAGGUGUACGGAUAAAGACGACCCUGGCAUCCAGAGAGGAGUCUCUGAAGGAAAUGGACAGUUUAAGGGAAGUACUAGAGCAGCAUCCACUUCAUUUUUCUUUCCAUGAUGGGAAAAUUCUGAAGAUUUGCCCCUGGCAGCGGGAACAGGCCUGGGUGCUGAACAUCAAACGGGGCAUUCUCAGCGUUCUUCAAACCUCACCUGCAGCUGCUGGCGGUGGAACUGUUGAAGAGAUGGAUAUUCUGGGAAAAUGCCCAACCAACUAUCAGCGGAAAGGCUCUCUUGUUUUGAAGACAAAGGACUUAAAUCUGUGUUCUCACCGGUAUUCAGGUUUUAUUUCCCUGCAAUCCAUAGCUCUGCCUAAUGUGCUGUCGCAGCAGCAGAUCCUGUCCUCCAAACUGGAAUGCGCUCAGAGCUUUAAGGAUGGAAUCCUGGCAGAGGCCAAAUGCACGGAAUCCAGUCUUGUCACACCUUUCUCUAGGAAGGGCAGUGGGGCGAAGACACAGACACAGUCCUCACUGAAACUACUUCAAGUGGAAGCAGAGAUGUUGUACCAAACAGUGGACUCCAAUGAUCUCUAUGUGAGUAAUAUGCUGUAUGAAAGGGAAGAAAAUGAGAGGCCAUCCACAGGAGAGGAAGUGGCUGAACUGGUGCGGAAGCUCUGCUUAGCACACAGCAUGAGUUUUGAGACUGCAGACCUCUUCAUGACUCUGGUGUUUGAGCUUCGAAGUCUUUCUGCUGAUGCUUUAAUAGGCCUUUGGCGUAGAUCUUCGUUUAAAUGCAGGGACAACUGGCAGCCGCUAGUAGAUGCUCUCCCAUCGUGUGCUACAGAGGCCUGUGUUGUCCUGAUGAAAGAAAUUAUUGUUGCAAAAGAAGUGGAGGAGGACAAAAUGGAAUCUUUCCUUUGGUCAUUGUCAUUCAUUCCUGAGCCCACCACAGGCAUGAUCGACUCUCUUGCUCCUUUGCUGCAGUCACCAGGAGCAAGUCAGAGUGUCUUCUUAGGAAUAACUGCUUUGGUGCAUCACUUUUGUUCAGCUAACAGCGCCUGUGACCGUCUGCCUGCAGUACAGAUGGUGACAAGUAUUCUGGAAGGAUACUUGGGAGGAAACUGCACCUUGCAAGAAUCAGGACUCAGCCAGCUGCAGCUAGUGUUAAAAGCAAUUGGAAAUGCAGGGCUGGCAGCAACAUCUCUAACACCUAUCCUGAGUUCUUGCGCAUCCCUGAGAAGCAACCCCACUGAAAUCCGCCUGGCUGCCAUACAGGCCUUCAGACGCAUUCCCUGUGCUGCCAAUCGUACUGUAUUAGUCCGUUUAUAUCAAGCAGCCGAUGAUGACGUGGAAAUAAGAAUUGCUUCAUAUUAUAUAGCAAUGAAAUGUCCGAGUGAUGAGCUGUUUAACCAAGUACAACAGACUUUGCAGGAGGAGACAUCCAGCCAAGUGGGUUCUUUUGUUUGGAGUCACCUCUCUCAGCUCCUGGAGACAGAUGAUCCACUGAAGCAACAUCUUAGAGAUUCUCUUCCUGAUGACAUUCUCAGCAGAGAGUUUGACUGGGAGAUAUGGAAAUAUUCCUCAUAUUCAGAUGUCACUUUCCAUUCAGCAACUGCAGGUGCUAAUGUGGAGGCAGCACUGGUCUUUUCUCCUGCAUCUUUCAUCCCACGAUCAACAAUGACAAACUUGACUAUAUACACCCUAGGGCGGGCUAUAAAUCUACUGGAGUUUAACGUACGGUUAGAGAAUGCGGAAGAUCUCAUGCAGAAGAUGGUUGGCCAACACUCUGCUACUUUUAGUGAAUACUUGUUUACAAAUACUGAUGAAAGAAACUCCAAGUCAGAAAAUCCAGUGGAGGCAGCUGGAAAAUCCAAACAAAAGAAGCUGACUUCAAAGAGAGACAGCCGUGGACAUCGUCUUGUGACCAAAGGUGCCAAGCCCAAGUUAAGAAACGCAAAGCAGAGCUGUCCAGGUGGAAAGUACAAUAAGAUGAGUGAGUUAGUGAAAAAGCCCCUGCUCCUAAAUAACUCUGUACCACUCUGUCAGUUUACUGAAAGGAUGGGGAAAAAGAAGGAGCUGAAAUGCGAACUGAGCAUCAAGAUUUUUGGAAAUGAACUCAGCUUUUUGGACUGUGAGGAUAUAAAGAAGCAAGUGAAACAUUAUUCCCUGAACCUGGCAGAGCUGGCUGUCAAGCUUCUAAAGGGACAAGAGGUCCAGUUUAAUAAAAGACUGAGUCUGGCUACCGAAGAAUUGCUCUUUCCAUCAAUUUCAGGCUUUCAAGUUAGACUGGCUUUAAAUGCAUCAGCAGCAACCAAUAUAAAAAUCAAAGGGAAUGUGGAUUUCAAACAACGAUCAAAUUUUUUCAUAAAUGGAUGUAUCAAACCAAGUGCUUUUAUCCAGAUUUCUGCCCAAAUGGGAAUUGUGGGGAAUUUGGGAAGAGCUGGCUUGAAUUGGGUAACAGGACUGAGGACAUCAACCAGCCUUGAUGGAGGAAUCCAGGUGAAAAAAGGACAAGAACUUAAAGUUUUCUUGAACACCCCCGAAGAAUCCAUGGAGAUAAUCAAUUUCAGCUCCAAAUUUUACCUUACAACAAUGGAUGGGAUGGAAAAUAUUGAAGGUUUCCAAGACCAUAUAGAAACCAAAUCCUGCACUAGUGAGGAAGUGUCCAAGAUUUUUGGCUGGCAGUUGUGUUCUGAAAUGUCUUACCCUGGUAAAACCAGUGGCUUGCCUUUCCCAUUCUCUGGACCAGCAAAAGCAGCUAUAACAUUAAAGAAACAAGAUAGAGGCUUGCAACUGUACCUGAUGGAAGCCGCCUAUAACUAUACUCCUCAGGAGGAUUCUUGGAUUCCAAGUGAAGUUGUCCUUCAUUUCUUUAUUGGGACGCCAAAGUCAGACCUGAAAAGGGAUGUUGGGGUUGACCUCAAUUUUAAUGUCCCACAGAAAAAAUUCAGAAUCAAAUUUAUACAGCCAAAGAAAAAAAUCCAAGUCGAUGGAAAACUUGAGUUAUCUAAGAAUUCACGAGUUGGACACCUGGAGCUGAUACUAGAUGACAAAGAUGUCUAUUACAUUAAGGGAAUGACGGGUUUGCAAACAGUGAGUGGAGAGCAGAGAUACACAACCCAGCUGGAGGUAAAGCUGAUAAAGCAAGGCAGCCCAAUCGUUCUGUCAGGAAACAUCACUAAGCAACUUGGCAAGAAAAUGGCUUUUUCAGUGUCCCUGCAUAAUUUAUUGAAGGAUGCAGCAUUUCUUUCAGUAUUUCUGGAGAAAAAGGUUGAUGAUAAACUGAGGCAGUACUCACUCGAAGGGGAGACCUACUUUCCAGGUAUUCUUGGAUCUCACACCAUUGGCCUGCUGCAGCAACGAGGGAGCCUGUGGUCUAAUGCUCUGAGAAUAAAGUAUGGACUCCUAGGAGAUGCAAAAAAUCUUCGGCAUGAAUGUAAUGCAGGACAGAAAAUUAAAGUGGAGACCAGUUCAAAUGAAGCAUACAAAUUGGAUUUGGGACAUGAGCUUCACUGUACACAGACUCCAUCCUAUAACCACAAGGUUCAUUUGCGGCAUGAAGAGAGUGCAUCUCGGCUCUACUCCCAGCUGGAAGUCAACUACGGCAAACACUGGGAUGAAAUCAACAACAAGAGGAAGCUACUGAUCAGCCAGACAUUUAAAAAUAGUUCAAGUCCAUCUCAGGUCAACUACUUCAUGGAGUUUACCAUGCAAGUCCCAGAAAAGCAGGUGAAUUACAGAACCCAGCUGCAGCACUCAAGUACCUCUCAGGGCCGUUCGGAGAGUAGCACCAACUUUAAGGUGCAGUAUAAUGACCGCAUGCCAUUUGUGGCAGGACUGCAGUGGAAAGAUACAUCCAGAAAUUACCUUAGGAAGUGGGAAGGUGCAUUAAACAUGGAUACCCCAUGGCUAUAUUUGUAUGUGGCUCACAAACUACACCAACCUGAGCGAUCUGCUUAUCUGUCUACAAUGGAGCUAACAGCUGGGAAAGCCCUUUCCAUCAAGAACCUGGUGGUGGAAAUGUUCUGUAAAGACAAAGGCAAUGAAAAAGAAGGGAAAAUUCACAUCUAUACACCAACUACUACCUACCUGCGGGCAUCCACAGUCAAUCACCUUGAGAGGAAUGUUCUGCAUAGCUACAGUGAAGUGGUAUCAGUGUGGAACCAGCUCGUGAGGAAUGAGAUUCAUUUGGAGAAUAGCGAGGAAGCCAAGUUUCUUUGCUUUAAGAUAAAGAGUACAAAGCAAGAAUUUAAUUUGUCAGCUGACUAUUUACACCUGCAGGGGCCUAAAAAGACUAACCUCUCCAUGAAGGCUCUAUGGACAGACCAUAAGAGUCUGCCAGUUGUGCUGCAGCUUGAGGGUCAGAUAGAAGAGCUGAAGAAAGAUAAGAUGUUCUACCAGAAACGUGGAACCAUCCAUAUCAGACAUCCAUUUAAACUGCACAUUCCCCAGAGCUUCCUUCUCCAGGAGACAUUUACUGUAGACAAAAAGCAAAAACACUACUUCUUGGAGACUAAAAUUUUGAUAAAUGGGCUGGAUGAAUCAGUUCAAACCUUUACUCUUGGCUACCAAGCUGAACAUCCCUAUAUUUGUGCUGGCUUAGCUCAUCCUUAUAACAGCAAGAUUUUCCCCAAAAAUGUCGAACUAUGUGCCUUAACCCGAUGUCACCAAAGUGCAAAGCAUGAGAUCGAAGCUAUUCUGAAAGUCAAUAAGAAAGAUGCCGUCAGGCUUCUGGGCAAGUACCAGAACAAAUCCAGUGAGACGCAUUUCAGACAUUUCUUACACAUGGACAUGACUCACUCGUUCCAGCUCAAGUUUCCACAAGCACUGGCCCUGAAUGGAGAACUCUUUUCUGCGCAAACCAAACUGGAAGUCUUUGACUAUGGUGUGAAUAUAAAAGCCACCAUCAACAGAAAUGAUUCUUCACAGUUCAUUGCUCAACUAAAUGGAUCAAAUACUCACUUUGGAUUUUCUUCCCGGUUUACUCAUCCAUAUCAGUCAAAAUUCCCCCAAAGCUUUCAGGCCCAUGCAGCUGUUAAGAGUUAUGGUGAGAACAGUCUCAAUGGAUCACUUUACCUUCGUUCCAGUGGAAAGGAUCUGGUGCUGCUGGAGGUUGAUAUGAGCAAGGAGACCAGAAAGAACAGCAGGAUUAUUGGAGUGAGCGCUCUCCUGCAUCAGGCAAUUUUGACAGAACCAGAGUCUGUACAGCUGCAGCUAAUGGGCAAAGUAUCUCCAUCAAGACUUCUAUUAUCUUCUGAGCUGAAGCGAAAUGAGAACAGGUUUCAUCUAGAUUUUGUGGGAGCUAUGGAGCAGAAAGUUGGUCUUGUCCUGUCCCUGAAUGGGAAAGUCCAACACAACAUUGGAGGUUUGAAGGUGGUACCACAGCUCUUUUCUCUGAAUGGAUCUCUGAAGCGCAAGAACAACAUUCAUGAAGGUAACAUUAGUGUGAUGAUCAACAAGGCACUGUAUGGGCUGCAUCUCAGGAACAGAAAUGUAUUUGGGAAUAUCAGCCUGCACAAUAUCACUUUCACAUUGACUCAGAACAGCAGCCAGGCAAUCCCAAUGGAAGCAAAGUUAAAAGGACACCUGGAGCUCAAUAAAGGGAUCAAAAGGGGUCUAGCCAGCUUCCAGGUGGAUGAGCAAGCUCUCUAUGUAGAUGUUUCCAAUGUCAUGAAUCAGGAACAGAGAGGAAUCACUGGGACUCUCAUACAUAACAUCAGCUCUUUAAAAAAUGCAGGAUUUCCUAUAGCUGGCACUAUCACUGCCAUGUACGACCAUGUCAUUGCCAACCACACUGUUACUAUAGCCUUACAGAGUGGCAGCGAAAGGAUUGCUGCUGCAUUUGGAGUUGAGAGACUAUCCUUAGAAUCUCCUAAGUCUCAGCUAACUGCAAGUUUGAAGCACAACAUCACAAAGCUAAAAAAACACGGGAUCCCUUUUACUGUAGAAGGUGCCUGCUAUUACCAGAACUUCAGCAAGAGGAUAGCUGCCGGGGUAACAACCAGGGUGGAGAAGGAACACUUCAAGGUGGGAGUGGAGAAGAAAAGCACCAGCAGUACUGUGGAAAUUGCCCUUUCAUUCCACCAUGACCUGGGAGGACUGCUUAACGUUGUCCCACCAGUGGUACAGGUCAAUUGCAAUGGAGAAUCUACCACUAAUCAGCUUUCUGGUCAUUGCAAUGGAGAGGUUGCCAGCCAUUUAUAUGAGACUCCAGCAAGAGUUUCACUUAAUGGGUCAGUGUUCACCAGCAACUCUACGGCCAACUUCAUUGGACAUGUUUCUUCCGGUGAUGCCUUCAUCCGCUUGCACCUCCAUGCCACCUGUGGCCUCCAGCACAGUGUAGAGAUUGGCUUCAAGCAUUCCUUGCCUCAGCUUCAGUCUCUGGGCAUAGCCAAAGAGAACCAACUGAAGAUGUCAGCGGUAAGAGGAGAUAAGUAUAAGGGCCUGCUGGAUAUUGUCCUUGGACAGUGCACUUUCAAAGCAGAUGGAGAAGUGAGACCAGCAAGCAAUGAAACAGAUAUAGAAUGGACAGUUACUCUGAUGAAUACGUGUGUCACCCUUCAGAAGGUGGGAUUACCUCAGACUCUAGUCACUUGGGGCUCGUUCAUUCUGAACACCUGCAAUAUUAGCUUAACAAUAAACCUCCAGUGCGAUGGCAAAACAGCUGAUGUGCAAAUAGAUAGCUCCUGUGGACACAAACAUGCUUUCCAAGGAAUGUUGAGGCACUCAGUCCCCCAGCUCAGUGACAUAGGGCUGCCUGCCGAAAACUCCGUCCUACUUUCUGCAGCUAAAGGAUCCACCGUUGAAGGCAUUUUGUUGCUACAGGCUGGUGAAUGCAAGCUCAAGGCUAGAGGAGAUCUACAGACCCAGAAUAAAACUGAAUGGACGUUGGAGACAGAAAUGGAAUGUCAGCUUCUGCAGGAUCUCAAUAUCCCGGUUCAGUCGCAGCUCAUUGGAUCUAUUCAGAGGGAUGGCUGCCAAGCAGAACUUCUCUGUACCCUCAAAACAGAUGGCAAGUCUGCCCAUCUGAAAGUGAGAACAGAGUGCCAGCCAAAGGUCACAGUGGAAAUUGAAUUCAGGCACGAACUGCCUCAGCUGAAGGAAAUACCAGGAGAAAACAAGUUGUCCAUCAUGGCAGAAAAAGAGUUAAAAUAUACUAUUGACAUAGAAUUGAAAUCAGGUACUUGUGAACUUCAAGCUAAUGGGGACCUUCAAGUGGAAAACAAACUUCAAUGGAAAAUGCUUAUGGAGAACAAAUGCAAAACAAUGCAGGAGCUUGGAACACCAAUAAAAAUUGAUGGAUCAGGCUACAUCCUGAUAGAUAGAAUGAACCUAGAUUCACAAAUAUUAAUAAUUGUCGAUGAAAGUACAUUACAGGGCCUUCUUAUACUAAAAGCCACUAAUGACAAACAAGAGCUGGAUGCCCUGAUAACUCAUAAUAUUCAAGGAGCCAUUGACCUUGGCAUUCCUGCAAGAACAUUAGUGGAUGUGACUUCAGAAAAAAAUGGUGACCUCUAUAAAAGAUUCAUUCAGUUUAGUGUGGAUGGCAAACAAAUUACAGAAGAAUUGAGCUUUAUUCGGAAGCUGGACCAUGUGUCUAUUAACUACAAGCUCACACAUAACAUAGAGGCACUGAAGGCACUGAGAAUAGAAGACAGGAUUGAGUUGCAGGCUACCAUUGACCUGAAAGAUAGCAAGAGUUUCAGUAUCAAAACACUCUAUGGUUCUUGCCUGAUGGUUCUGGGAGGACAAAUCCAAAAGACUGAGGCAAGAACUGACUUGACUGGGAAUUUCCAGCACAAUUGGCCACGGCUGACACAACUUGGAGUCUCAGCAUCAAUCCAGAUGGUUGUAUCCCUUCAAAGAUUAAAUUCCACUCAAGAGAGACAUGUGCAAAUUAUGGCUGGACAAACAUCAUUCACGUACACAGUUAACUCUCGUUACGUUGGCCAGCAAAUGGAAAUUUUCUGCCAAAGUGUACAUAACAGUGAGGCACUACUGACAUUUGGCUACCCUAAGGCGACCAAUCUGACUCUUGUGUUACAGAAACUAGAAAACAAAGCCAAAACAACCUUUGAAAUUCAAUAUGAUGACAAAUAUAUAACUCUGAAUAUGGAUGUUGUUACUGACUUUGAACUGUAUGAUACGUUUGAACUGAUGGCAGAGGUAAAACAUUCAAUAACUGUUCUCAAGCAUCUGGGACUUCCUUUCAUGAUUAAGAUAGCAUUCCUAGAAGUCCUGACUGCAAAUGAAAUUGAAGGCUCUCUGAAGUUGACCUGUGAACCAAAUACAAACCUCUCAGUCACCAUCACUGUGAAAAAUGAACAGCAAAGUGAAGAACUGAAUAUAAAAGCCCUACAGAAUGUCCCCUUCCUUCUUCAAUACUUCCCCAGCACAGCUGAACUUUCUUCAAAGGUAAAUUACUCCAUGAGGGAAGCAGAAGGUGGGUUUUCUAUCAGGAUGGAAAAAAAGGAUUUCCAUCUUACAACUAAGUUAACUUUCACUGGGACCAGCUACAGAAAAGUCAUUGAAAUGAUGCACACAAUGCCCCAGUUAAAAAUUCUUCCAAGGCAGCUUGUGUUCAUGACGGUUUACCAAAAAAGUAACAGAACUCAUUUGUUGAGACACAUUGUGCAGUGGGACUACAAGGAGGUAAAAGUAACAGGCACUUACACUGGACUCUUCCCAAAGUUAUCUGGAGGUCAUGACAUUAAGGUGGAGCUUUUCCAUCCUCUCUCCAUCCCUUUUCCCUGGCAUUCCAAGGUCAACCUGUAUGUGGAGCAUUCAGCACACAAUCAUCGGGAUGACGUCACCAUUGGUUGGAACAACAAGGACCAGGUAUUAGUUUCAUCUUCAUUGAAAUUUGGAAAAGAGCAUGUAAAAUACCGAGCCACUGUCGGGCACCCGUUUAAUUUCACCUUGAGGCAACUGGAGGUCAGUUCCCUGUCUGAAAGAAAAGGUGGAAAGUACAACCAGCAGAUACAGCUCACUUGGAAUGGUGGGCAGCCUGCUGACUUCAAAAUUACUUUGGAAGAUAAAUCUAAGUUCAACAUCACCCUCUGGGAUGCUUGUGUGGCAGUUUCUUCGGGUCAGCUUCAGAAAGUAUUAACUGUAGGAAGUCUUCAGGCAUGUGGGUCUAUAAAACAAGCAACAGUCUUGUUUACUGAAUAUCUAGAUCUGGACUGGGAUGGAAAAAAAAUCUCACAGAAUUUGACAUAUGAGAGAAACAGACCAUUGUAUCCAGAUAAAAUUCAGUUAGAAGCCACUUUGGAAAAUGUUUUUCUGACCUCGUGCAGCAAGCAACAUAUGCUGGGUAAAAUAGAAACAGACUUCUCAACUUGGCUGGAUAAUUACAUGAGUCUUGCACUGUGUGACCUUCCAAAUGUAAUUAUUCUCUCUGGAAGGCAUCAGCUCAACAGAGGAGAUAUCAUCCUGCAGUCAGAAGGCAGACUCCACCAUACUGGUGAUGGCAGAGAGGAUGGGGUGCUCACAGUAGCCUUAAAGAAUAACAGCACAUCUAAAGUGAAGAAAUAUUUGAUGGAAUUUGAACUAAAAGCAUCUGAGGAUAUUUGGCUAGGCCUGACAGGAACUGCUACUUCCUCAGCUGUUCAAAGCCAAGUCCUGAUGGAGGGAAAUAUUGAUCAAAAAGAGAAAGUAAAAGUAACUGCUUCUAAAGGAAAGGAGUGUCAUCAGUAUUACAUGGGAUAUGUAAAGGGGGACUUGGAGGAAGGAAUAGAGCUCACUGCAUGUACUGAUGGACAACAGAUGGCUACCAUUAAUACUUAUCUCAGCGUUAAUGGCAUAAGGCAAGAAAGAAUGGGACAAUUGACCCUAACUGCUGUUAACCAGAGCUUGAGUUUGGUGGCUCAUGGGUGUGGAGAUCCAGUAGUUAAAGUUGAGAAUAAACUUAAUGAAAUUGGGUCCCACCUUAAAGCCAAACUCAUGGAGAAGAUCAAGAAGUUUGAUGAAUCUGUUUGGAAAUUCAGGAGAUCAGUGCAGCAAAUUGAUUUCCUGUAUGAAGCAGCUGGUUGGCCUUUGAAAGCCUCCCAAGAGAUUGCCGGAAUCCUCCAAAAUGGGGGGAAAGCUGUCGCCCAGAUGUGGAAGCAGAGUGGAAUCAGGCAAACCCUGAGGAAUAACCUCCCACUUUACUUGGAAAAAAUUCAAGACACUGUCCAGCAAAUGCAAAAUGAACUUCAAAAGCCAUUAGCAACUCUGAAGGAUGCCUACUAUGAUGUGACUUUGAAGCCACUGGACGAAGUUUGGCAAGAGAAAACAGAGGCAUAUAUGAAGAAAAUCCAGGCUUUUGUGCCCAGUAUUGUAAAAGAUGUAUGGUUAAUGGAACCAAUCCAGGUGACAUUAAGAGCCAUGAAAACAGGCUUGGAUAUGGCAACACACCAGAUGCUGAGGUGGGCAGAAGCCAAGUUUUCCAGAGCCGUGAGCAAGAUCCGAAAGCCUUUAUCAAACCUGUACAGUUUUUCAUCCAGGAACUGUUCAAUGGCAGUGAAACUGCCAAUGCUGCCUAAAGGAGACCACUCUGUGGACCUGGCAAACAUCACUAACUACCUCAUUGAAGAAAAGCUAAUGAGGCCGCUCAGGGACCUCUACAACAUCAACCCAGUAGCUGAGUAUUAUAGAAUCAAACAGAGGAUGAUGGAGAGUCCCUUUGAAUAUCAUGCUGUGCUGAUGGGCAAAAAGCACUUUAGGACUUUUGAUGGAAGAAUGUAUGAUCUGACAUCGAAGUGCAGUGUGCUUCUUGCCAAGGAUUUUGUUCACAAUACCUUUACUGUAGUGCUGAACCAGGAGAGUAGUGGCUUGAGAUCAUUGCAUGUGGAGAUGAACCGGACUACAAUUGAUAUCUACCCAGGACUGAAGACAUACAAGAUGUAUAAUUUUUCCCUGAUGGAAGAGAACUGCCUCAGUCUGGAUCAGUCCCUUGAAAAGAACGGCAUCACCGUGAGAAAAGAAGCUAACAGAAUAGAAGUAUUGAAUGAGAAUGGAAUUUCUGUCUCCUGCAACUUUCACUAUGAUCUCUGUACUGUUACCCUGGAUGGAUGGCAUCAUGGUGUAUCAGCUGGUCUUUUGGGUACCAAUGAUAACGAAGCUGGAAAUGAAUGGAUGCUUCCCAAUCACUCCUACACUGAUAGCGUGAAGGAAUUCACACAGAGCUGGCAGGUAUGCUGGCUAUCUCACUGCUAUCAGAAAGCACUGUUGCAAGAUAGCUGUCUUUUGAGAUCACAUGUGGCACUUGGAACACAAAGAGUGCGACUAGUUAAUAUAUAUUUGAUAGCAUGCUCUCCAGGAAAAAUGAACAGAGCUCAUAAGCUGUACUACAGGACUAAUGCAGAAAAAGGAAAAUUCAGCUUGCAAUGCCUGGCCAAGUUGUUUGCCUUUGAGAGCACCAACUCUGGUUGGUAUUAA